ACACACCCGUUGGUAGCCAUCUUAUAUCAAGUUGUGAAUACUUGUGUUGAAAGCAUUGAGCAUUUGUGAUACUAAAUAAAUAUUUUGAGUUGAUAGUUUAGUUUAUACAAAGCAAGAAAAAUGCAGAUCUUUGUGAAAACGCUGACUGGUAAAACUAUCACCCUUGAGGUUGAACCAUCUGACACCAUCGAGAAUGUUAAAGCCAAGAUCCAAGAUAAGGAAGGAAUUCCCCCAGACCAACAAAGAUUGAUCUUUGCUGGAAAACAACUGGAAGAUGGCCGAACCUUGUCAGAUUAUAACAUUCAAAAAGAAUCCACACUCCACUUGGUUCUUCGUCUCCGUGGUGGUAUGCAGAUCUUUGUCAAAACUCUAACUGGAAAGACCAUUACCUUGGAAGUGGAACCAUCCGACACCAUCGAGAAUGUAAAAGCCAAAAUUCAGGACAAGGAAGGAAUUCCCCCAGACCAACAAAGAUUGAUCUUCGCUGGAAAACAACUGGAAGAUGGCAGAACCUUGUCUGAUUAUAACAUUCAGAAAGAAUCUACACUUCACUUGGUUCUCCGUCUCCGUGGUGGAAUGCAGAUCUUUGUCAAAACUUUAACUGGAAAGACCAUAACGUUAGAAGUUGAACCAUCUGACACCAUCGAGAACGUGAAAGCUAAAAUCCAAGACAAAGAGGGCAUUCCCCCAGACCAACAAAGAUUGAUCUUUGCUGGAAAACAACUGGAAGAUGGCCGAACCUUAUCAGAUUAUAACAUUCAGAAAGAAUCUACACUUCACUUGGUUCUUCGUCUCCGUGGUGGUAUGCAGAUCUUUGUCAAAACUCUAACUGGAAAGACAAUUACCUUGGAAGUUGAACCAUCCGACACCAUCGAGAACGUGAAAGCUAAAAUCCAAGACAAAGAGGGCAUUCCCCCAGACCAACAAAGAUUGAUCUUCGCUGGAAAACAACUGGAAGAUGGCCGAACCUUGUCAGAUUAUAACAUUCAGAAAGAAUCUACGCUUCAUUUGGUUCUUCGUCUCAGAGGAGGCAAAUAUUGACUGAUUUUUUUCACUUAUUUAUUUCAUUGAAUUGUACUACUUUGAAGCAAAUAUUUUAUUUUAAAAUAAAUAUUCCUGUUCUAUUAUAUUAAGGCUUGAAAAUGUUUUUUUGAUAUGAAAGGCUUCGAAUGAAAUUAUAUUUGGCUGUUUUAAGAUAAAUAAAUGAAGGUGUAA